CAGAGCGGUCUCCAUUCAUUUGCCUCAGUUGAGUUCAGUACAUUCAUAACGUUCAAACUUGGAAUCCAUCUCUUUCUUUCCCCGAAAAAUAUGAUGCUCUGCUGAAAAGCUACUUCACUUUUCUCUGCUUCCUCUGUCUCAAUUCUCAAUUCUUCUUCCCCUGUAACUGCCUUUCUUGUUCUCUUUCUUCCAUACUGAAAAGGAGAAAAAGCUGAGAGCUUGGGAGUGAGAGAGAUGGUCCUUGGAGCUAACGGCAUCGUUUGGAUGGAUGGAGAAGAGGAAGAAGAUGCAGUUUCUUCUUGGACCAGAAACAACAACUACAACAGUAACAGCAAUAACGAAAUAGAGACUAAAGAAGAGGACUUGACUAUGUCGGGUGCUUGUCUUUCCACCUUCAAAUCCAUGCUUGAUACUGAUUGGUACAUGAACCAGGAUCUUCAAAUCAGAGAGCUUGGUUUCUGCUCCUCCCAGGUUGAUAACAAUCCCCUUCUUCACCAGCCAAUUGACUCCUCGGCUUCUUGUUCUCCCUCACAGACCUUCACCCUUGACCCUUCACAGUCACACCCUUUCUUGCCUCCAAAAUCAUGCUUCUCUUCUCUUCUCAAUGUUUCCUGCAGCAACCCUUUUGAUAAUGCCUUCGAUUUCGCCUCCGAAACGGCCUUUCUCGGUCAUUUUCAGCCGAAUCAAACCCCGAAUUUGAUGGGUUUUCCUCAGACUCAAAUGGGUACUCCUGAGUUCAGUUCGAGCUCCGAGUUUCAAGGUACAAGGCUGUUCACAGGAACUGACAAUGCUUCUGCUUUGAGUGGUGGGUUUAGUGCUGGUAGUUUUGAGGGUUUUGAUGGAUCAGGGAAUGCUCUGUUUAUGAACAGAGCAAAGAUUUUGAAGCCUCUCGACGUUUUCCCUUCAGUUGGUGCUCAACCAACUUUGUUUCAGAAGCGAGCAGCGAUGCGGCAGGGUUCUGGUGGAGCUGAAAAAUUGGGGAAUUUGGAUGUUUCAGGACUGAGAUUUGGAGGGGAAGCGUCGGACGGAAAGAGGAAGCGGCAUGAGGAGGGGGACAUUGAGGAAGCCAGCAUCGAUGUGUCGGGUUUAAAUUAUGAUUCUGAUGAGAGGAAUGAUGAUUGCAAAGUGGAGGAGAGUGUGAAGAAUGGUGGUUGCAAUUCAAAUGCAACUAGUACGGUCACUGGUGGUGGGGAUCAGAAGGGGAAGAAGAAAGGGAUGCCGGCGAAAAAUCUGAUGGCCGAGAGGCGGAGGAGGAAGAAGCUCAACGAUAGGCUUUACAUGCUUAGGUCUGUUGUGCCUAAGAUUAGCAAGAUGGAUAGGGCUUCCAUACUUGGGGACGCCAUUGAUUACUUAAAGGAGCUUCUACAAAGGAUCAACGAUCUCCAUAACGAACUUGAAUCCGCCCCACCUGGCUCUUCGAUGCCACCAUCUUCAAGCUUCCACCCGUUGACACCCACCCCGCCUACCCUUCCAUGUCGUGUCAAGGAAGAACUAUGCCCAAGCUCGUUGCCCAGCCCUAAAAGUCAGCCUGCAAAGGUGGAGGUUAGGGUCAGGGAAGGAAGGGCUGUCAACAUUCACAUGUUUUGUGCUCGCAGACCUGGUCUCUUGCUCUCCACUAUGAGAGCUCUGGACAACCUUGGGUUGGAUAUACAGCAAGCUGUAAUCAGCUGUUUCAAUGGGUUUGCACUAGAUGUUUUCCGAGCUGAGCAAUGCAGGGAAGGCCAGGAUGUAUUGCCCGAGCAAAUCAAAGCAGUCCUUUUGGAUUCCGCAGGCUUCCAUGGUAUAAUGUGACUCGAAUACCUUUAUCUAUGCAAAAUGCAACCAUCUUAUGAGUGCAGGCACUAACCGCAGUCUUAGACCUUGGGGUAGUUUGUAAAUUUAGUUUGCUUCUCAUCCCAUUUUAAGGACACCAAUUUCGAGUAGAAUGUGUUCAGGCUCUUCAGAUUCCUAGGCGGCGCAAGCAAGCAUCUUUUAGCAGAUAUGUUUAUUUUUCUUAAUUUUACUUUGCAAGAUUCUCAUGGAACUUGGUGUUUGGGACUUGGUGUUUUAGUAAUUUCCUGCAGUUCGAAAUAAAAUCUCCCUUGUUUUGUA